UCCAGAUACUGCACACCCUCAAUGUAAAUUUCACUUACAGUCUGAUGAUGAACACAACUUAAUGGACUCUACCGCUGCAGCGAAUCUACAAUGUCAAAAUAAAAAUUUCGAACGCAUCGCAUCUGUCCGCUCAGGUAAACAUUUGAAGAAUAUAUGUCCUUCCGAAGCUACACGUGAUACUGCGCACCCUCAAGUACGCCUCCCAUUGCAGUCAGCCGCUGGACACAACAGUCAUAACUCGGUCAUUCCCUCCGCACCGCUGCUUGCUCCCUUUCUGGAUAACAGUACAUCCUGCUCUCCCCGCGUCACUCGUGGUUAUGCUGAUCAUCGAACUCGCAGUCCUGAAAAUUGGUAUGCAGCACGACACCUCUCACAUGACGCUGACGGUUUGCGGAUCUACUAUCAGAACGCGAGAGGGCUUAAGACGAAAAUUGAUGACGUGUAUUUAGCUGCUGUGGACGGUGACUACGAUGUUUGCGUCUUCACCGAAACAUGGCUUGAUGCGAGGAUAACAUCGGUGCAGCUUUUCGGCGAUGCUUACACCGUGUACCGUGCGGACCGAAAUAGUGGCAACAGUAUUCGCGGUCGUGGAGGAGGAGUUUUGAUUGCUGUUUCCACCGCAUUUGCCUCAUGUGAGAUUGAUGUAGGUAGUUUAACCAGUGUUGAGGCUGUUUGGGUUAGAAUUACAACUCCAUCGAGGAACUUUUAUAUUGGUGCUGUCUAUAUUCCUCCUGAAAAGCGACUCGACUGCAAUGCCAUGCAACUUCACAUUGAUGCUGUGAAUAACGCUUCUUCACAAGCUGGCGCGGAUGGCGUGAUGAUUGUGCUUGGUGAUUUCAAUCAGCCAGGGCUCAUUUGGGUGCCGUCACGACACGGAUACGCUUACCCUGACCCGAUUGCUUCGACAACCAACAUCGCCAGUCGUAUGCUACUGGACGGAUUUGCUUUCAACGGAUUAUGUCAAGUAAGCAUGAUUCCCAAUCACCAGUCACGCUUUCUGGAUCUCGUCUUUGUUAGUGAAACUAUUAUACCUGUAUGUUCCGUUAAUGAAGCAUCCAGUGUGAUUGUUCCACUUGACAACUUUCAUCCCGCGCUUGAAAUCUCAAUUAGCACUAUUCGAUCAGUUCAGUAUGUAGAAACUCUUCCUGUCGACCGUCUCAACUUUCGCAAAACUGAUUUUGUAAAGCUACGCAGUUUUCUGUCGCAAAUUAAUUGGAGUGUACUGUAUGCCCAAAGGAGUGUUAAUGCUGCAGUUGCCCUCUACAAGCGACUACUACUGAACUGUGUUGAGACCUCAGUGCCUAAAUGUCAGCCUCCUAGCAAGCCGCCCUGGUCAAACAGCACUCUUCGAAAGCUAAAACGUACUCGUGCAAAAACUCUACGUGCGUACACAAAUCGACGGUGUCCUCUUUGUAAGCGCAUGUUCACUUUUGCCAGUAAUGAGUAUCGUUGUUACAACAAGCUUCUGUAUAAACGCUAUGUAAACCGCAUGCAGAAUAAUCUACGCCGAAACCCGAAGGGCUUUUGGUCAUUUGUCAACACGAAGCGUAAAGAAACUGGACUUCCAUCAAGGAUGCUUUACGACGGCGAAGAAGCUACGACAACUGUGGCGAAAUGUACGCUGUUUGCCAGAUUCUUCUCGAGUGUUUUUUCAACUGACUCGCCAACCGCAAACGAACUCGAAAAUGCCUCUCGCGACGUUCCUGCUGUGCUGUUGAUUUGGAUGUGUUUACUGUCUCUGAACAAAUGGUUAUAUCUGCAAUUCGGAAAACCAAGUCAUCUUAUGCACCCGGCCUCAGUGCUAUACCUUCAACUGUAUUGAAAAAAUGUUCGGACUUACUUGUAACACCACUUGCAUAUAUUUUUAACCUAUCGCUUCAGCAGCAAACAUUUCCGGAGGAUUGGAAACGCUCAGUAAUGUUCCCGGUAUUUAAGAAAGGUGACAGAUGCAACAUGGAGAGCUAUCGCGGAGUCACUUCGCUUGGAGUCGAAUCUAAAGUAUUUGAAUCAAUCAUCAACGAAGCGUUAUUUUCUGCUUGUCGACACUACAUCAGUACAUCCCAGCACGGAUUUUUCCCCGGACGUUCGGUCGAGACGAAUCUCGUCUGCUUCACGUCAUUUUGCACGGAACAAUUGUCUAAGAAAUUGCAGGUGGAUACUAUCUACACUGAUCUAAAAGCAGCUUUUGAUAGAGUCCAUGUCCCACUCUAUUGUACACCGUGAAGUCAUUGUUCAAAUUGGCGAUAUUGUUUCAGAAUCCUUUAUCAACACUUCCGGGGUUCCUCAAGGUAGUACGCUGGGUCCACUGCUUUUUUCACUGUUCGUGAAUGAUGCAGUUUUCGUUCUAAGGCGUGGAGGAAAGCUGUUUUUUGCCGACGACUUAAAAUUUUUUCUUGUUAUACGAAAUGAAGCCGAUUGCCGUGAGCUACAGCAUCUUAUCGACACCUUUUAUAGCUGGUGUGUAAGAAACAUGAUGGUCCUUAGUGUUGCAAAAUGUUUUGUCAUCAGCUAUUUUCGAACGAGAAAUAUGCUUACCUUCAACUAUAACAUCGCAGGAACUCAGCUGCAUCGCGUUGACCACGUGAAGGAUCUAGGAGUCAUUCUUGAUGAAAAGCUAACGUAUACUCAUCACGUCUCUGCGUCCAUCGACAAAGCCAAUCGAUUACUGGGAUUUAUUUUCAAAAUUUCCAGUGAAUUUCGGGAUCCUCUGUGUUUCAAGGCUCUUUAUUGCUCAUUGGUGCGCCCGCAGUUGGAAUUUGCAAACGUCGUUUGGUGCCCCUAUCAAGCAACGUGGAGCCUUAGGAUCGAAGCAGUCCAGCGUAAAUUCAUACGAUAUGCGUCACGUGGAUUGCCAUGGAACGAUCCGUUAAACCUGCCACCGUACGAGGACCGUUGUCGUCUUUUAGGACUUAAUACUUUAACGCAUCGGAGACAUGCAGCGCAGGCUACUUUCGUGUCAAAGAUUCUGCUGGCUGAAUAUGAUAAUCCGGAGCUACUAGCGCAAAUCAACCUCUACGCGCCUACCCGUUCUCUUCGCCCACGAGCCCUACUGCAUUCUGAAAUGCGCAGCACUAACUACGCUGCCAAUAGUCCGAUUUUAGCAAUGAGUCGUCGCUUCAACGAGUUUGCUGAAAUUUUCGACUUCGUCGUGAAUUCUUCGCAAUUUCGUCGUCGUGUAUUGUCACUAGUUUAAUUGUGUUUAGUUUAACUUAGUUUAAUUUAGUUCAUUUAGACAAAUUGUCAGUUGGACUUUUUAUACAAAUACAUAAAUAAAUACAUAAAUAGUAAUUUCUUUGUAAUAAUUCACCUUAUAAAAUUGAUAUAUGUUGAAAGCGUAGAAAAAUGAAAACUUUAUUUUAUAGUUGACAUUUGAUAAAACAAACGUUCUCAAGGGAGUUGUCUACUUUGUGUACAAGUUUAUAAAACGAGUUUUAUUGCUUGAAUCGACGGGAUACACUACAAAAUAUUGAGAAGCCAAUUCAAAGUAUUUCCGAAGAAAGCAUCAAACAAAAAUGCGCUUCUUUGCUGAUUGUGCCGGUUGUUGGCUUGGAGACACUGGGUGUGGUUGUUGCUGAUUGAAUAUUUGUUCCUGUCAGAUCCGUAGAUAUUGAUUUUGUAGGCUUUUGUGGUUUGGCAUAAGAUAACGGUAUGCUGUUUACGCUUAUAGUAGGUGGGCUUUUCUAAGCUGCUUUUGCACAAAGUUUUCCGUUGUGCAGUAUCUUUUUCUAGAAUUCGCGCAUAGGAAUCUACCAUGGUUGUAUAACCAGUAUUGUCUGAUGAAACGUUUCAUUUUCGGUUGAUUCGCAUAAGAGUUGGUUUGUACGGAAGCAUUCUCACCACAAUAACAAUGUUUGGGACGCCCGAAGUUACAGCUCUUAAGGAAGCCACUAUCUUGAGCCGUAUCUUGACAUAAAUUGGUUAAUCACGAUGUCAGGGGCGUGUGGAGAAAAUUCUUGUAAGCACAUCUCUCUACAACCCUGCGGAGAUGAUAUUGUUAACGUGGCAGCUUUCGGUGGUGAUCUGCACGUUGUUCCGCGAAACAAACCACUGUGUUGAUUGUUUGAUAUGGUACAUUAGCAGGGCGUUAACUUCUCCCAGAUUUAGCACAAUCUGCACAUUUCGUAAUUGUUUCACUUCCCGAGUCGCUGGUCUUACAGGACAUUUCCAAAAACCAAUAGCAACACAAUUCGUCUGCAGUCGUUUUUGCCAUGUAUCUAUAGCGGAACGAUUUUUAGUUUCUACUCUGGACGAGAUGAGAAGGUAGACUGACUUUAAUUAACCGGCGAUUAAAUGGAUAUUUUUUGCAUUUUUGUAUUUUUAUAGCACGUUUAAGGAAUUUUUCUUCUAAAAGUGCAUUAUGUUGAGAUAGAACGGUGAUUUUGGGCCUAGCCAAAGAUGCGUGUUUAAGAACCUAAUUAUAAUGUGCGAAAUAAAGAAAUUAAAUCAGUUCAGUUCAUCCUUCUCGUUUUGCUUACAACAAAUGCUAGAAACUGCUCCAUUGCUACCAGCAAAUAAAUCAAUCCGUGUGUCGUUUUGUCUGCACAGUAUCAAAAUAUCGUAUUCCAAGCCACUAUGUCGAAAAAAAUGAGUGACGAUUACCAGCAGAAAGUGUGUGGUCAAACUGUAUUCUUGUUUACUUUUAGAGACGUUCCUUAAGAUCUAUAGUUAAAAGUAGCUAAAGAUGGCCAAUGUUUACACCCUACAAUUUCACCAUGUUAGACUUAGCGCGUGCUGAUUAUGUUCCAAUAUUAAAUCCCUCCGGGGGUUGGAAAUAUUAUUCCAGCUAUUGUAUCAACUGCAGAUCGUUCAGUAUCCUUCCGGGGGUGCAGAAUGCUCUGUUUUAAUUAUUUUGUGUCGUUACCCAAGUAACCAUAAGCUCUAAUUUAAAACUCUAGAUAAGCUAUAAGUUAGCAUUUCCAUUUCUAACUAGCCGAAGUUGCACAGGGAAUCAGUAGUUAAUUAAUGUCGGGGAGUAGCAAAACAUCUUUCAAUGUGCAACUCCUAGAAAUUCUAACGUGUUUAUUGAUCAAUACCGGCGCCGGCCAGGCCCGAAAGUAGACCGCGAAAGGAAAGGGAUAUUAGUCCGAUACUUGCUUUUUCUAUAGGUCGUAUAUACUACUGCGCACUCCGCAAGUAUAUUUUACUUCUUCGUUAUCGACGCCAGAGAGGUGACUCCACUAUCUGGACUAGAUAUCGAUCCAUCCUUCUGAAGGACGACGGGACCACAGAUUUUUUCACCUCAGAAAAAUCUCAACGACAUCGGCUGGGAUUGAACCCAGGCCAACUAGAAUGAGUGGCGGUCACGCUUACCACUCAACCACCGGCGCCGUCCAAAUAUACGUAUGCGUUCCAAUAGUUACAUAAACUCGUAUGCCUUCAUUUAAUAAAUGAUGAUGUAAUAAACUUAAAAUCAAAAUGCAAAUUCUGCACGAUUUUUCGAAAAAAAUACAACUGCAAAUAUAAUCCAUAAUAGUGAUCAUCCAUAAAUGACGUAGCAUUUUUUGAGAGAUUUUUAACACCCCCUCCCCCAUCGUAGCAUUUCGUCACAAACUUCGAAAUACCCCCUGGUAAUUACGUAGCUUGACGGUAACUCCACCCCCUCUUGUCCCGCAAAAUUUGAAAUAAAAAAAACUACAAGGGGCAGCCCUAUGGGGUUGCACGAACUGUAGACGUAGGACUAUACUACUUAAUGUAAAAUAUUUAUUUUCUUAGUACUUAGUGUGUGGGAAAAACACCCGGACUGGUGAAGAAAAAUCAAAUUUUAGACAAUAUAAUCACAUCUCAUGUAUAGAACAAGCUUUCUAGUUGCUCUCCAACAGAUCCUAAAAGUUCAAACACCCAUGGAUAACCUCAAGUUUGUAGAUGUGUUUCGAUGCCACAGGAUUGUAAAAUGGUUAAUAUAACGUCAUGAAAAUUCAAUUCUUCCGUGACAAUUUUUUUUGCCUACAAAAUGCCCUGUGUGUAUGCAAAGCUCAUGAUUUGUUGGGAUAUUAGCAUUGAUCGAAAAUGCUUUCCAACGCUGCGCAUUGCAUACAUGCAGGACAUUUUGCAGGUCACCAGGAUCUGUUAAUUUUACCCACUCGCUAUAAACAUGUCUCAUUUUUGGACAUGUUUAGAAAUCAAGAAUCAUGUUUGAAAAAAUGUGUUUAUGACGAACAGGGUUGUUAAUCGAUAAUUAAUCGUCAUCGUCGAUAACGUUAACCACCCGUCAACCUCAUCGGAAACUCCGUUAACGAUAAUUUAUCGUCGGAUUCAUCGUCAUCGUCGAUAAUUCAUCGGUGGUUAUCGCGAUACAUUUUGCGUUACUUUCCCGUUUAUUUGAGUUGAAGUUGAUGCGGUCAACUUUCAAUUGUUUUGAAAUAAAUAACUAUGGGAAGACAUGUUGUUGGCAGUUGAAAAUCAAUAGUUUUGGACAUUUUCUAUGCACAGGGGGGUCCGACGAUGAGUCAAAAUGGAAUUUUUUGUCAACUUUUCGGGAGAGUUUUAUAUUGAAGGGAAAGUUAUUGGCAGUUGACAAUCAAUAGUUUUGGACAUUUUCAAUACACAGGGGGUUCGACGAUGUGUCAAAAUUGAUUUUUUCAACUUUUAGGGAAAGUUUAUUAUAUUGAAGAAGUUAUUGGUAAGUGAAAAUCAAUAGUUUUGGGCAUUUUCAAUGUACCGUCGGUGCGUCAAAAUAGAAAUUUUUUCAACUUUUCGCGAACUUUUUAUAUUGAAUGGCAGGUUGUUGGCAGUUGAAAAUCGAUAGUUUUGGACAUUUUUAAUUCACAGGAGGAUCCACCAGUGCACAGUGUUUCCAAAGUGGCAAAAAGGUGAAAUAAAUUCUUUGAACCACGAAAAACAUUUUUUGGCUGUAGUGUCUUCAGCAAAGUUUAUUUAUAUUUUUUGCAUUUAAAAAGUAUUAGUUGGGUGAUUAAUCCCUCUAAAGCUGAGCAGCAAGUUUUUGUUUGGUCAUUUAUGAAAAUAAAAAAAAACUUUCUUUGGCAAAGUUGUUGAGAAUAUCUUAAGUAUUAACUUCGCUGAAGAGACUAUGUGUCUAUCUGUCGAUUUUAAAUUACAUUUGUGGAGAUUUCUUUGAUCUACCCCUGAAAAUUUCUUUUUUAAAAAUACUUUUCCUGGUAAUUUUGUAGAAUUUCAAAAUGUUCCAAGAUUUUGUUCAGCAUAAGAAAAUACAGAAUUUUAUUAAUGUAAGUUUAUUUGUAUCUCUUACAACUUAGAAGUUAGCGAAUGUUGUGUCCAAAAAGCAAAACAAACACUAUCAAAAUCGUUUGGUGGGCUCCAACCUACGUUCAAGUCAAAUUCGAGUAAAUUCCUUCUUUAGCAUAUUUUUCUUAUCUUAGAGAUGCAAAAUAUACAAAAAUAAUAAUACUGUACUGUAAGACCUCCUUAAGGGAAAUUUUUACUAAAUGAUCAGAACGGGUUAUGAGGCUUUGUCGAGGGACUAAAGAAGAAUAUUUUAACCGCUCCGAUUUAUUAAAAAGAAAGAAAAAAUAUGUUAGUCCAGGUGUUUGCGUUUCGACUUCGUCUCUUCAGAACCAGAAAAAAUAUGUGCCGAUUUUGCCAAUAUCAUCGUUUUAUCAGCCUAAAAUUCGCCAAGGGGCUGAUAAAAACGGGUCUUCACUGUAUUCAAAAAACCGACUAAAACUCUAUUAUGAGGCCGUUCAUAAAUUACACUACACAUUUAAGGGUAAAAGAAGGAAGAAUGAAGCAUCUUGUUACAUAGUGUAGAGAAGAAACGGAGGAGGGAGCUAAAAGCUUCCUAACUAGAAAAUGUAAUCAAACAUUGGAAAUGUGUAUGUAUAUUCUCUUUUUUUAAAUCCGGAAUCUUCUAGUUUAAAUUAAAAUUAUAAUAAAAUCUGUUAAUCACCACACCACUAAAAUGUGUAGUGUAAUUUGUGAAUUACCUAAUAAUAGUGGUUUAGAAGUUUUUUUCAAUACACUACAAUUUUGCGUGCUAUAAAUUACUAAUUACACAAUAGCUCAAAAUUUGUUUUCUUCAUGGUCAAAACAAUUUUGAUCACCUUUUUGCCGCUUGGAAACACUGUGCACCUGGGACUCUUCUGUGCACAAACUUACUCGAAAAGUUGAAAAAUUCAAUUUUGACACAUCGUCGGACCCUUCUGCGUAUUGAAAUGUCCAAAAUUAUUGAUUUCCAAUUGCCAACAACUUUCCCUUCAAUAUAAUACACUUUCCCGAAAAGUUUAAAUUAUUUCAUUUUGACGCAUCGUUGGAUCCCCCUGUGCAUAGAAAAUGUCCAAAACUAUUGAUUUUCAACUGCCAACAACAUGUCCUUCAAUAGGUAUUUAUUUCUAAACAAUUGAAAAUUAACCGGAUCAACUUCAACUUCAAUAAAUGGAAAAGUAACGCAAAAUGUAUCGCGAUAACCGAUGAACCGACGAUGACGAUGAAAACGACGAUACAGUUAUCGACGAUGACGAUGAAGGCGACGAUACAUUAUCGUUAACGGAGUUUCCGAUGACGAUACAUUAUCGUUAACGAGUAACGCCGAUAAAUUAUCGUGAAAAAUGUAUCGUAUUAACAACCCUGAUGACGAAGUAUUUUUACCAGAUAUGUACAAAACAUGUCUAACAAGAAACAUAAGGUGAUUGUAAUAUCUCAGUCACUUAUUAGUUAGAAAAUAAUGACUUUGCUGUUCAUUUUACCGCCAGUUCCCCUACCUACCAACAUUCGCCCCAAACAUUGCGUACAAUGCAAAAUGAGUCAACGCUGAUGAUGAUGGGUAGAGCGAAAGAUACACCUAGUACCACCACGACACUAUUAGCGCGUUUCACCAAAAUUCCACGCGGCCUUUCCUGAUUGAAAGGAACGGCCGCGCUUAGCCCAUCCGUCAUAAAAUCGCGAUUUUACAUAGCGAAGGAAUGAAUGAUUUUGUUCCAAAAAACAGCCCUGCGUUAUGCAACACUUUGUGCAGGUUGAUUAUACCAGUUGCAAGUGGGGCCAAAUUCACCAAGUUCCGUAAAAUUCCUUUUAAAUUACAGAAUUGAUAAAAUUGCUUAGAUGAGCUAAACUAAUUAAUCAAAUCCUGUUUUAAAAACUGUCCUUGCAUUUAAACCACUAUUUCUACUUCCGCAUUCUUCUUUUUUGCAUAUUUUCACCCUACCGGUUUCUUCCGAACAGUGCUGCUGUUUGUAUUAAUGGAAAUAAAUUCUUGUUAAUUUAUUUUAUGCCUGCAAUAUUUUGUAUCUAGAAUCCACUAUAUUGAUGAAGGACUCAAUUUUUCCAUGUCAUGAAGCCAUUUUUUGAAAAACUGGAUUAUGGAUUGGUUGCUGUCUUAUCUUUGUUACAGUUAAUCAAUCACGUAUACGGCAAAUGUGUGGUAGAUAUUUGUUCUACUUUGCUGCACAGUUUCUGUUGUUCUGUUCUGGCGCUUCGAAGUCGACCGAUUAAUUACCCGAUUAAGUUGGAUUUCGUCGAAGAACAAUUUUCGUCAACAUAUUAAUCGCCAGAUUUAAUCUGUGUAAAUCUGGUUCCAGUUUUUAGACUAUCAACUAAUCGACCAAUUUAAUUGGUUAAAAUAGACCAAUUUCAAUAGAUUUCAUCGAUCAUAUUUAAUCGGUUGUCGCGUCGGCAAACGCCCAUGUUAAAGUCCCAUAAGAGUCGGUGCAACAAUCGACCGAUUAAUUAGUUUCAUAGUCGGCCGAUUGUGCCGAUGCAAGCCGAUUUAGUUGGUGGAAAAAUAGGUAUUGAGAUAUUCACCGAAAUAUACAAGCCACACUAACUGAUUACUAAAGGCAGCUCUAAGGUUGCCAGCAAGUUUUUCGUGUAACUAUUACAUGUAUUUGCUGUUAGCGGUAGUAAUAAGCCUCCAAUUUUGUCUUAAACGCAAGGACAACUUUUAAAAUAGAAAUUGAUUGAUAAGUAUAGCUCAUUAAACCAAUUAUAUCAACUCUGCAAUCUAAAAAAAAUUGAAUUUUACUGAACGUGGUGAAUUUAGCACCACUUGCAUCUGGUAUACUAAACUUGCACAAAACGUUGCAUAACGCAGGGCUGUUUUUUGGAACUAUUUGUGUUCUUUAUCAGCCCUUUGUUAUGCAAAUUUGCGACAUUAUGACAGAUUGGCUAAGCGCGGCCGUUCCUUUCGAUCGGGAAAGGCCGCGUGGAAUUUUGGGCAAAUGCGCUAAUAAUAAACGGAUCAGGAACGUCUUAUGGAUUGCCUAAUUCAAUAUUUUUUCUCGAAGAACAACACCACCAUUUUGACAGUUCUUAGAGACUACAAAAUAAGUUGAGAAUUUCCGAUCCGUCCGCCGAAUUUGCUGCUUACAGGACCAAUUUCAGCAGCUGAACGAUGUUUGGACGGCUUCUAUUAGCGCAUUUGCCCAAAAUUCCAUACAUAUAUAUUUGAGUGCUUAAUUGAAUGGCGCAAUCAAAUUUUGUGUACUAUGUACUAGGACUCGUUGUCAAGUUGUGAGCUUGAAUAGUGAAAAAAAUGUAAAAUAAAUGAGGGAUAACGUUUUUACUGUCACGAGCACUUAUACGUGAUAUUAUUCGAAACUGUCAAAUUUCUAUGUUAAGUAGUAUUGAAGAAUUUUACAACAUAAAACAGCACAUCUUCUGAUAUUAUAAUUUUGGUGGUUAAUCCUUCUAGAAGUAAUCAUAGAGAAUUUAAUCUUCAGUAGCGGGCAUAGCGUAGUUGGUAAAUCGAUUGCCUUGUACGUAGCUCAUUUGGGUUCGAAUCCCAAACCCGCACAUAGGGUUAGAGAUUUUUCUAUCUCGAAGAGGCGAAUGACAUUAAGGUUAAAACCUCUAUAAUCAAAAUAAAACAAAAUAAUCUUCAUGAAAAUUUAGCGCGAGACUUAAUGUCUUCAGCAAAGUUUUCGAAAAUGCUAUUUCAAACAACUUCGUUGAAGACAUGAAUACUUUAUAUAUUCAGAAUACCGAAAUACAGUAGACUAUCAGCCUUAUUCUGAAUAACGACGGAUCACAUUUUCGAACGAAUGUGGUUCGAUUGAAGUAGGCUCUCGUUUGGUUUGACUGUCGUUAUUGAGAAUGCAAUUCACAUUCUUUCGAAAAAGCGAUCCGUCGUUAUGCAGAAUAAGGCUGUAUUUGUAAAAGAAAACCUCUUAAAUAAGUUUAAUUUUUUUUUCCUAAAUAUUGUUUUAUAUCUCGACAUGCUGCACUCAUGCAGCCUUCAUAUUUUCGACAAAAUUGUUUAAAAUGAUAUUAUCAACAACUUUACUUUUUUCACAAUUUCUUCUAGGAGAAUUAAUCACUAGAAUUUGUAUAUCGUAAGAUACGUUGUUUUAUGUUGGAAAACUUUUUCGAAUUUGUUAAACCUGCAAAGUUGAUGAUUUCAAAAUUAUGUGGUCUAGAGAAAGUUUUCGAAAAUUUGUCCCACUUUAGAAGUAUACAUUCUUUGACUUCAUUGACGUAUUGUACAUGAAAAUAAUCUGUAGAGGUUUGAACAAUGUUCCAUAUUGGUGUUCCUUUUUUUGUACACUGGAAUGGCACCCGUUAGACUACUUUUGUUGCUCAGUUUUCAAUAAUUGGUGAAACUAUUGUUAAAUUUCAGCAUUUUCAAAAAAUCAACAAUUUUCAUCAUAUUGGCUAUGCCACUGAAGUUGUCCAAAUUUCAAAUUCUCGGGUUCGGGAAGUGUUCGGGUUUCUUGAAUUUAAAAAUUCUCACGUUAGGGUCGGGUCAGGCUUUUUCAGUGCUCAUUGAAAGCCGACUAUCUCUUAAUGGAUGGCAUACACCUCAUGGCUUUUUCCGUAAUAACCAGAUGCCAGAUCCGGCAAAAAGCAGUAUGGGAGAUUCGUGUUGCUUCCGAAAAGGCAGCAGGCGUUUUUUCAGGCACUCGUCCACGCAAAUUUCCUUGUGAACAAUUGCGGUUCCAGUGAAAAUGUUGCUUUUCAUGCCACAGAUACAGAUAGCCUGCCAAACCUGAUAUUUCUUCAGGAACCGCGAGUUUUCUCCAUGUAAAUUGUCGAAAAAUCCCAUACAAACUUCAGGCACUUUGUUCCGGUACCUAGACUUGUCCGAUUUGCUUCAAAUUUGGUGCAAGUACUCCUGGUGGAAUUAGGAAUCGAAUCAGGGGUGGGCCAAUAGGGGUCAUUUUUUUCCUGUCACUAUACUGGCCAGCCUUGCAACACAACUUAGUCGCGAUGCUCUCACAAGAGGACGGCACUGACGUCCAUCUUCCGGAUCCUGGUGGUCAACUGCUUCGUAUCCUUGUACCGUCAAUUAUUCUUGUACACUAAGGCACUGAGGGAGCCGAAAAAAUCUUCAAUGGGAUGGCAAUAGGGUAAGUUGGUCGGGUUCCUUUUUUUCUGCUCAAGAUACUCCUUCUUAACGUAAUGGGAAGACGCCUUGUCCGGCCAGAAGACGUUCUUCCCGUCCUCAUGGUGCUAUUUUAAGAACAGCAGAAGAAUUUUUUCCAGACACUCCUCCUGGUACACUUUUUGAUUGAUGGCCAGACCGCUCAGCAUGAACCACGGCUUUGGAAUCCCUCUGUUCGAUACGGCGAUGUAGAGAAUAAAUUUUCUUUUCAAAUUUUAGCUUAAAUUUUUAUUUUACCUCGGGGGUUGUGGCCGACUUGUCGCUGGAAUAGUGGCUGUCAUUUCCUGGAAUGUCCUGGGUCUUCAAGAGCGAAAAGUAACUUUUUGCUCGUCCGUGUACUCGGGGGACCAAGUCUUCUUCCGACAUCAUUCUGUGAAUCAUAUCAUAGCAGUGAUAUUUUCGGCCGGCGUCACGCAAACUCGCUUCCUUCUUCAUCUUCAUCAUUAUCUUUGCCGGACGGCCGCUACCGUUCUUCCGCUCUACCCUCAGGGAUGUUAGGAUCCGGUAAACUAUACUCACGGGCAAGUUUUCGUCUCAAAAGUGGUCUACUGUAAACUUUUUUUCCACGAUGACCGUGCGUUUCGUAAAACCGCACAACACGCUCGCGGAGUGCUUGCAGUUUCGACACCAUCUUUGAUUGAACUGACAGUACCUGAGCGAAAAGAAACAUGUCACCCAAUUCGGUGGUGUUCAGAGAGUUCACUUGAAGAGAUAAAAUUUAUAUUUACAGAAAGGUAUUGAAAUCAUUCUCAUUUUUUAUUGAACACCCGUUUAAUCGCUCAAAUGGAACAAAUUUGGAUCGUAACACCCUUUAUAUAAGGCACAUAGGUCGUUCUAUAGUAGGAACGGUUUCCAAUGCUUUAGAUAACAUUGGACUGACUUCCAAGAAAGGUUCAUGUGGAUCAUCUGAUCAUCUGGUAGCCAGCGAAAUAAAUGUUGAAAUUUAAUUUGAAUUUACAAAGUGCAUGUCCAAACCCUUUUCUGAUGAGCUACUGUACCAUACGCUAAAUUAACCACUAAACUGAUCUUGUACUAGAAAGCGACAUUCAUUUCAUACCGAACAGGGGCCCCGAAACCCACACAAAACUAAAACCACGAAAAUCGAAUUAAAUUUGGUCAUGUUUACCCACCAGCGCAGGUCAGCACCGGUAGCCGGAAGUAGCAAUCGUGCGUUCAUGCUGAUAUGUAUUACCCCAUUCACCAUUACCUCACCCAGUUCAAACAUUUCCGAACGGAAUCGCAAACGAGUACUUGUUCGCCGUGUUCACCCGAAAUCCGUACAUCGCCCCCUACGGUGUAGCAAUUAAAGUUAACAUAUUGAAAUAAAACCAAAUAACCGGAAGGGGCUCAUUCCGAACCAGAGCAGAAUCAAAACAUGAAAUUAUUGAGCAGUUGAAAAAAAAAAUUACACGGAAAAGCUCUUUGCUUUGCGGAUUAAUUGAAAAUUAAAAACAGUUGUUAACGGUUGGUUCCAGUAAUGGGAAAAUGUAAGAGCUCAACCGGUAUUGACAUGGUGAAACGAAAAAAAAGAAAAACAAAAUGAAUGUGUAGCAGUAAAAUCAGAACACGUAAAAUUGUAAUCCAAGCGGAUAGUUUAAAAAUUAAUACAUAAAUGAAUUGAUAAACAAAUGAAAUCGAUGUUCUCUUGCAUAAUCUGUUCCUCUAAAUGUCAGCAGAAGAUUGAAGCAAGCUGUGCUUAGUUUAGUGGUAAGGCUAAUGACAGGCUACUGUUAGCACAUCUGGAAAUGUGAAUAAAAUUAUUUUCGCAACUUUUGGCACUUUUCAAUUUCAUAUGAUCAUAUAAUCUUACAAUCAAGGAAGUAAAAAAAAUAUAUAUAAAUUAUGAGAUCACGUAAAAAUAAAAAUUAUAACGCAUGGAAUGCUAAUCUAAAGCUCAGCAGUUACCAUUUUGUAUGUCAAUUAAAUGCCAAAAAAUAAGUAGCGAGCCCGCUCUGCACCAACAGAGUAGCAACCAGUUAAAUACAAUUCCACUAAAACUUUCACCUGGCGGAGUUGAUGUAAUCCAGAAUAAUUAAAUUGCAUGUGACGAUGUGUUUGUAUGUGUAUGUCAUAUCUGUAAUACUGUACUUUGGAAAUAGUAGAAUCGCAAGUGGAAGUAAAGAAGAAUUCAUAAAUCGAUCAUGUUAACAGCUAAAAUGCAAGCACAACAAAAACAACAACAAAACAGAACGCCUAAUCAAUUAAUUUAGUUUUAAUUUUAAACGCAUCCAAGCAGGUCGAUGUUGGGAGACGUCCACCGUCGAAUUCGUUUGAGAUGUCUUACGACAUCAAAAUGUCAUAACAUUUUUAACCGUUUUGUUUACGAAAUAUCGAGACCAUUGAAUAGCAUUUAAAUUCGGAGAAGACUAUCACUAGCAAAAACAUUAGAUAAUCAAUCCUUGUCUACGUUGAAAUAGGUUGGUAACUUUACUCUUUUUAGCUGUUUUUCAAUGAAAUCGCCCAAACGAACAAACCGGCCUGCUAGGAUACAAAAAUUUCUGCCUGCAUAGCCACAAGCAUUUAUUAAUUGCAUGACAGGUACUUAACUCCAAAAUCACAUCAUCGCAAUGCUUCAUGUUAACGAAAAUCGAAAUAAAGUACAAGCUGUACGAGUAAGUUGUUUAAACAAUGAAAAUUAGAAGCAUUGGUUAAAUUUGGAUGGCAGCGAAAAAAUUUAGAAAAAGAUUUAAAACAGUUCUGAGUUCUGCUUUUGACAGUUUAGUCUUGUUUCAAUGGGUGCCAAUAAAUUGGACUGAAUUGAUGAAGCUUAAAAGUCAAAACAAAAUUUAAAAGCUGCAGCUAAAUUUGACCACGAAUUUUUUGCACGAAUAUAAACCCAACCGUAACAGUUCAAUAAAGUAGUACAACUUAUUUUCCAAAAUAUUA